AUGAGUAAGGAAAUAAAUUGGAGAUUUGCUCCUCACCUACUGCCAAUGUUUGCUGAAAUUUUUGCUUAUAAUUGGUUUGGAGAAAAAAUUAAAACGAAGGCGUCUCUUCUCCAUCACACACUUCUCAAUUUUGAUUGGACAAAUUUACACAUGAAAGACAAGAAAAACUACUACAUUAUAGUCACUUACAUGAAAAAACAAUUUGGUGUGAAAACAGCUAUUGGCAAUGAUUUAUCACUGAUCACAAUGACUGCGGUUUUAAAGGUAAUUUAUCAGGCUUUCACUGUUUUACAAACCAUGGAUAAAUAA